GGACUUUUAUUUUGUCAGUGCGGGUCUUGACACUGGGGGAUGUGCCUCUGUGUGCUGUGUGGCUGUGCUGACGUUGCUGCCUGUAAAAUUAGCUGGCUGCAGCCUUUCAGGGACACCUCUUGCGGACCGCCGGAGCCCACAGUGCAAUAAAUAUGGCGGCAGAGCUAUCCACUUCCAUAAACAUCAAGGAGCCCCGGUGGGACCAGAGCACAUUUGUAGGUCGGGCUAAACAUUUCUUCACUGUCACAGACCCCAGGAACAUCCUCCUCAGCAACGAACAACUAGCUCAUGCACACAAAAUCAUCACUGACUACAGGCAAGGUAUAGUCUCUCCAGGACUGACAGAAGAUGAACUGUGGAAAGCCAAAUAUGUUUUUGACUCGGCUUUCCAUCCCGACACCGGGGAGAAGAUGAUCCUGAUUGGCCGCAUGUCGGCGCAGGUUCCAAUGAACAUGACGAUCACUGGGUGCAUGAUGACAUUUUACAAGACAACUCCAGCUGUGUUGCUCUGGCAGUGGAUCAAUCAGUCUUUCAACGCAAUAGUCAAUUACACCAACAGGAGCGGUGAUGCUCCAAUCACAGUCAGUCAGCUUGGCACGGCUUAUGUGUCUGCCACCACAGGGGCAGUUGCCACCGCUCUAGGACUAAAUGCACUAACAAAGCACAUCUCACCCCUGAUUGGACGGUUUGUUCCAUUUGCUGCUGUAGCUGCUGCUAAUUGUAUCAACAUCCCACUGAUGAGACAAAGAGAACUUCAACACGGCAUUCCCAUAACAGAUGAGAAUGACAACAGGUUAGGAGAGUCAACGAAAGCUGCACAGCAGGCUAUCUCUCAGGUUGUGGUCUCCAGAAUCCUCAUGGCUUCUCCAGGAAUGGCUAUCCCCCCAUUUUUAAUGAACCAUUUGGAAAAGAAGGCCUUUCUGAAGAAGUUCCCAUGGAUGAGUGCACCUAUUCAAGUUGGCCUGGUGGGAUUCUGCCUGGUGUUUGCCACUCCACUGUGCUGUGCAUUGUUCCCUCAGAAGAGCUCUAUGUCAGUCAGCCGCUUGGAGCCGGAGCUGCAGGAGAAAAUCCGGGCCAAGCACCCAGGAGUAGAGAGGGUCUACUUCAACAAAGGGCUAUGAGUGUGCAGCCCCCUCAUCCAAACACUGCCAUAGCACAGCUGCAGGCUCAGUCCGCGCCUCUCUGCCAGCCCUCCUCAUUCAGUGUGCCAAAGUUAAGUUUGUGUCUCCUCAUUUCCACCUUAAAGAUGGGUAUCUGAGGACUCCCUCUCUCAGUCAGUCUCUUUGUAACGAGAUGUUUGCUUUUGUCAAUGUGAUUGUUGAUUUUACUGUAACUGCUAGAGAUUUUCUCCGACUGGGCCGGAUUAAAAAGUGUGAUUUUUAUCAUGACAGAUACAGUAUAGUGGCCCGUGUAAGAUUGUUUUAAGUGGACAUUUUUUUCUGUGCAGUAUUUCUUUUUAAGUUGGUGAUUGUACGUCGCCGCCAAACCAUUUUCAUACUUUCCUACCUGUCGUUGGCAGUCAGUUUAUUUCUUACCUGCAGUAUAAUUGAUUAUAAUCAGAUUUUAACAUCGAUUAGUCAAAGACCUCAUGCAUUUGCCAAAUCUGUACUCACUUUUUGUUAGACCUCAUCAACGAUUACAAACCCCUACUCCUGACAGUGAUAUUUCAGAGAAUGGCAUUCACUUUAAUUCAGUUCAUUUUGCCAAAUGAGUGACGUUCAGUGAGCCUCGAGGCCUCUUGACAUCUAAUCAUGAAUCUGAAAACAAUUCUCCAGGGAUCCACCCUAUAAAAUGUGAUGCUAUGAUGGUGGCAACCAUUGAUGGGCCAACACGGUGCUAUUUGAUGUCUUAAUAAUCAGUGUUUAUCAUACUAUUUAUUCUGCUUGCCAAACAUGCAUGAACAAACCACUCCUCAUACAAGCUUCAUGGGACUUAACCCAGAAUUUUACAGAAAUUGUUUCUGUAUAUUUAGUCACACCGAGGCUACACUCAGGAGAGCUGAACGGUGGCGAUAUAAUGUGUUAUUAAUGAUCAUUUCAGCAAAACACACUAGUUCUCAUUUAACUAAUACCUGAUAAUCCAGGAUUUUGUGAUUACAGUAUUUGAUACCACCAAAACUCAACAGCUCAUUCAUGCCUUACAGACUUGUAUGGUAUCUAUCUUCUGUACCUUAAUGCAGCAUCCUAAGAGAUUUGAUUAUUACCGCACAAAGUGACACAUUUUAGAUUAAUGCUGCAGUUUUAUCACAUUGUUUUUGAGGUAUUAUAGUUCAUCUAUAUAUACAUUUGGAGUCUAUGCUAGAUAUGGAUGUCAGUAUUGAGUCAAAAUGCCAAAAACAUUCUCAAGAUAGUAUUUUUCAAGGCAAGGAUGAUAGACAGAAGGAUCCAUCUGACCAAUAUGUGUUUUAAAUAUGACUUGUCAUUAUGAACCUGCUCUGUGGACUCUUUAACGUCGCAAAUGACACAUUUCAAUUCACUGGAGCGUCAUACAGAAUUACUUUGAUCUCAGCCUGGUUUCGUUAUAUUUUGCUGUUAAAGUGAGAUAUAUGUACGCCUUAGUUGUUACAUACAGUUACAUCAGCACACAAUAUCACAGAGCUCGUCCCUGGUGAGCCGAUAAAACAGGUGCAGUCUGAUGUUGUUACUUUAGUUCUGUACUUGUCCUGCAGGAGUCAGUAUUCAGACGAUAAUGCCUGUUUGGUAUGUUUGGACACAGUUGGUGUAAACUGUGUUGUGUGGGUUCGAUACCAGAUGGCGUUCAACUUAAAGGCUGCCAUGUUGUUCUGCUGGUGUAUGGAGUUGAUGGCAUUUGCGUGCCACAUUUACAGCUACUGUAUUUUACUGUGUGAAGUUGAAUUCUAGGCCAAUAUCAGAGAGACUGUACAGCAACAUACCAUUGGACAUUUUAAAAUCAGGGAUGAGGGUGAAAAAGAUGGACUUAACGCCACAAAACUCACAAGCAGUAUUUAGCAAAUCUUUGACCAACCUGUCCUCCUUUGAAACUUUAAAAAACAAUUUUAGGAUCCAGUGUGUUUAAAUGAUUUGGUCCAAUUAAUGUUUACAUUUCAAAUUUAAAUACAUUGUAAGCACUUGUGAACAUUGAUUUGAUUUAAUUGCAUCUUUUGCUCAUCAUGGUGUGUAGUUUCUGUGAGGUGUUCAAUGUUUAAUAUACUGUAAAUCUACUGACAUAUAUUGCUGUACAAGUAACUUUAUUUUAGAUUGUCAGUGUUACCAGAGAUACAUAUUUUGGAGUUGGAGCUGUUCCCUAGCUGGUUUGAAGUGAAGUUUGUUAUUCUAGUGUUAAAGGUAACUGAAUGUAGCAUUUUCCAAUUACAGCUGUUUGCGGUGUGUUAGUCCAGAAAAGCACAAUGUUGUAACAGAUUUCAAAUGCUGCACAUUUUUAAACCUGUUCCCUUAACCGCUAAUGAGAACCAAUUCCUCUCUAAUGUGUUCAAAACUAUUAAAUUAACUCCUAAUAAAUAACAUGUUCACAAGCUUCAAUCUACCAAAUCAAAUGAAAUGUCAUUACAGCCAAAGCGAUACAAAUCGACCCAAGAGGAACAAGUCAUUUACAGUUUGCAUUAAUUACAAUGAAUAUUUUUUUAAAAAGAAUAUUAUGACACAAAAUGGUAUUUGCUUGUUUUGCAGUACACUGGGGUGAUGUGAUGUUUAGACUAACUGGAUGAAAUAAAGUUGAUGAAAUCUUG